AACAGUUGAAACCACACUGCAAAAUAUUAAUAUAAAAGAAGAUACGUUCCCAGUUCCAGCCAGCCCAAUACCAGAUGUGCAUUUCUUUUAUAAAUCUUCUACAACCACGACAUCCUGUGUUAAUGGCCGAUCAACUGCUGUGACAAUGAGGUGUAAUCCUGCUAAACCAGGAGCCGGAGCAAUUUCAGUCCCCAGCAAGUGCCCAGCAGGCACCUGUGAUGGAUGUACAUUCUAUUUCCUGUGGGAGAGUGCUGAAGCUUGCCCUCUGUGCACACAGCAUGACUUACACGAGAUUGAGGGAGCCUGUAAGAGAGGAUUUCAGGAAACCUUGUAUGUGUGGAAUGAACCUAAAUGGUGCAUUAAAGGAGUUUCUUUGCCUGAGAAAAAGUUGUCAACCUGCGAAACGGUUGACUUUUGGCUGAAAGUGGGAGCAGGUGUAGGAGCUUUCACAGCUGUUUUGCUGGUGGCUCUAACUUGCUACUUCUGGAAAAAGAAUCAGAAACUGGAGUACAAAUAUUCCAAAUUAGUAAUGACGACUAACUCAAAAGAGUGUGAACUCCCAGCUGCAGACAGUUGUGCUAUCAUGGAAGGAGAAGAUAAUGAAGAGGAAGUUGUAUAUUCCAAUAAACAGUCACUACUGAGAAAACUCAAAUCCUUGGCAACAAAGGAAAAAGAAGACCAUUUUGAAUCUGUUCAGCUGAAAUCCUCAAGAUCUCCAAAUAUAUGAAAAGAAAACGCUGUAGCCUUCAGACUAAUGAACAAGGAAAUCUGCUUUCUAGUUUUACAGGGCAAUAGUUUAGAUCUUGUCCUUGUACCUGGUACAUUGGUGGUCUCACUGAGGAGGGCCAUGCCUGUUGAAAAGGGAUGGGGGUUGAAAUGUUUGAUUGCCUUACCACAUGGUCUGAUAUCUUGCCAAAAACAGGAAAGCAAAUGGUUUGGGUCUCAACUGAAGAUGAAGUUCAACUCAGGAAGAGAUUUUAUCUGUAUAUAACUGAAAAAAACCCAGGUUGAGCCCACCAGUGCACUGUUGAUGCAUGCCAUACAAUUAAUGGGUAACUUUUAUUCUUUGUAACUUCUACAUAACAAGUGUGCUCUGGAGGGCAGAUGUGAGCAUACGCAUUGUGAUCCCAUUUAUGUCUUUUCUUUGUUUAUAUUUGGGGGAAAUUUUUUAAGGUAUAGUUAUUUUUCCCAUUAUUUAUUUUCCUGAAAAACCUGAAAACAUCUUUUCUAUUAAAAAUGGUGAACAAAGAAAGAAAAUAAAUUUUUCAUUUUUCCAUAGGGUAUCUUUCUUGACUUCAGAAGCCUAAGUAAGCAAUACUUUUUUAGGAGAGUCAGCAUGUGCUUGGGUUAUCUAAACUACUAUUUGCCUUUGAAAUUCCAUCCUUUUUAGAACUGGUAAGAAGGGCUUGACUGAAAUUGUUGAAUGAAUCAUUAAAAAAAAAAGGCAAAGAGAAGCAUUGGCUUUCCAUUAAUACAAAUAAGCUGACACAGUCAUAGAAGUCAAGUAAGUUAAAACAGUUUACGUAAUGCUCAAAGUGGAAUUAAAAAUGAGUGUAAAAUCUUCUUUUUCAAAUCACUUGCAAAACCAUGGAGAAGGUGGGAUGGCUUAUGUAUAAGUACAGGCAACUAAUACAGAGGUAUUGGGGUAAUUUCAUGUUCUCCAGAUAAUGGCAGGGGACACUUGCCCUAUGUCAAGCAUCAGAGGUUAUCUGUUGUUUUUGUUUUUUUCCUGCUAAGACAUUGAGGUUUAUGACUUCCGUGGAAGUUUUUCAUUUCAAGUCAAUAAGGCAGGAAUUCAAUUUUAGAAAAUUGCAUAUAAAUUGUAUUCAUAAUAAGAAUGUGGUUUGUACCACAAGCAGUUAUGAAAUAAUUGUUGUUCUUAUUCAAAGGUGAUCCAGAUAAUUAUGUUAUUUCCAAUGAUGGGCAGGUUACCAGUAUUAGCAUGACUUGCAUAUUACUUGUUGAAAGAAAUUUGAAUGAAGUUGGAUUUAACCAAUGUUGUGUAAACCUUAAUUGUUUUAUAUCUGGGGAAGAGGGGAGUUUCCUGGCCAUUGAUGAUCUAAGGUGCUCUGGUUUGCUUCUAAUAAACAGUAAUCUUUACAGAUCUUAAUACAGAUUUUUAAAUAAGACUGGUGACUGGCUGAGAGAGGCAGGGUAUAUGGGCAGGGUUUGUUGAAUAUUUUGCCUCAAGUCUUUAAAUGAGGUAAAACUUGUAACUUUUGAUUCAGCAGGUGAUGUCUUUAUUUUUGUGGAAAAUGGGAGAAAAAUAAAUAAUUGCAUCUGUUUGACUGGUGGGUAAAACACUGGAUCACUUUGUUGUUGAAUGACUGUUUUGUGUACAUCUCUGCUGUUGGAUUUACGCAUAUAGAUGAGGUUAUCAUUGUUUUAUUGUUUGCUGUGAAGUUCAGGGAGGGUGUCAUUUAGGAUAAACCUUUUUGAUGUUUAAUUUCUUAAAUCUUAUUAGAAAGGGGAAAUUAUUCUGGCUUUGCCCAUGUUAUCCUGGUAACCAUGCUGAGUAGCCUUUCCCCAUCUUGAUAAAAAUGUAAACAGAAGAAUGAAAGUACAUUUGAAACGCACCCUUUCAGAGGAACCCUGGCAAAGUUGUACAGACUGGGCGAGUCAGAAUGUCUCCACAGAGUCACCUGUGACCUCUCCCUUCAUCUUCAGCCGCACUCGACAUGUAUGUCACAAGCUGUAGAGGUGAUUGGGAUUUGCUCCCAGGUAGCAUCCUUCUCCUCCUGUCACUGGACUAAAACCUCUGACGUAUCAAAAAUGUCUGAUAUUUUAAUGAGCUCUGAAAAUACAGUUGGUAACUGAAGAACUUAUUUAUUUCAUUUCUAAUCUUAGAUAUUAAACAGAUUUUGUCAGCUCAGUCCCAUCUUUGGAAAGGAGCUACCUAUUUCCUUUAGAUCCCAGGGGUUGGUCAUUUUACUCUAAGCACUGAAGAAGUGUGACAGAAAAAAUAUUAGAAGGAAAAUAUUCAGACCAAUCCUGGCUAUAAAACUUAUUUUAGUUUGUCUUGCCUCUUUGCACAGCUCAGUGGAAUAUUGGAAGGCAUGCACAAAUUGAUCAUGUUUCUAUGACUUUUAAUUGCUAUUUAUUGUUCCUUUGCCUCCCUGAGUAGUACAACAAGUUGUUUUUCUAAAAGGCACAGUUUUUAAGCCUUAAAUACUUCAUUAAGUCAACUGUCACCUAUAAUAUCUCCUAGCACUCUGUCAAAACAUAUUUGAAUCAGUUUUCCACUGGAUGAAAUAAUGACUUCUAUGGAUAAAUUAAGUCAUGCCAUUUAACAAUGUUGAGCAAUUUAGUGUAUGUGUCCACUGGAUUUAAAAGUUUGAAUUUGGUUCAUAUUGACUAUUCUCCUCUUUGGUUACUAGUAGUCAAGUCCUUUCCAGGAUUAAAAACA